GCGUACCAUGCUUUCUCUCUGUCACAGGGCAAAAAGGGGAUUGAGGAGACAGUGGUCUGGGAAAACCUGCCUUUGAGGUUGAUCACUUCUAUAAUGUUUUUCUGAGCGAAGACACUAUUUUAUCAUAGAUAACGAAGAUUCCAAGGGUUUGUUCACAAAAUGCUGCGUGUAUGUAGGAAAGCGGCGACUGCAGCAGCUCAGAAGUGCCUGUGCGGAAACAUGUCGCUCCGUCCCCUGCAGCCCCGCCGCCACUACACCUCGGCAGGAGACUCAGGGGCCACUGCAGGCAAAAUCGUGGGAGCUAGUCUGCUGUUUGUGGGUGGCGGUCUUGGAGGCACCAUCCUGUAUGCCAAAUGGGACCCCAAGUUCAGAGCCAAUGUAGAGAAGUCUGUACCUUACUCUGACCAGGUGUUUGAAAUGACCCUUGGCCCCCCCACCCCCCCAGUGCCAUUGCCAAAAAAAGCGGUGAAGAGUGAACCUUUGCAGAUCUCGUCCAUGGUUGAGGUCUCGAAGGAGUCCAAGCAGCCUAAAUUGAAAGGCAAAGCAAAGGAGGAGAAGGCCGUGGAGCCGCCGGCUGCUGUGGAACCCCCUCCAUCCCUGCCCCAAAACAUUGAGGAGGCCUCAGCAGAGGCAGCGCACAUCAUUUCUGCCAUCAGCGAGGUGCCUUCUGUGCCUGCUCCUGUCAUCCAUGAGCCGGAGGCAGAGCCCCAGCCAGAGGCCUCACCCCAGGUUGCCCCGGAGGCUGUGGCAGGAGGAGAAUGUAAUGAGUGUGCUCAUGAGUCACACACUGAACUGAAAGAGCGCCCCCCAGAGGAAGUAGCUGCCCGCCUCGCUGAACAGGACAAGGCUGAAGAGGACCUCCUGGCCUCCCUGUCAGCCUCUCUCGAGGAGGCCCUCGGCAGCUCGGCUAAAGUGACCCUGCAGGCCAUGGCAGCCCAGGAUGCCGCUAUCAAGGCCAUCACUGUGCAUGCGCAGAGACUAAAGGAGGCCAUGGAUGAUGCCGAGGCCUCUACGGAACAGAAGUCGGCGCAGUGGCGUGUCCUCGAAGAUGCCUUGAAGGAGCGCAGCCAGAUGGUGGAUGAGGCAGCAGACACUCUGCAUGUUGCCAGGAAUGAGCUGGAGAAGCUGAGAGGAGCCAUAGAUGAUGCCAAGAAGACUAAUAUCUCCUCGGCCCGUCCGCAGAUCUUGGCUGCUGAGGAGAACCUGCACAAAAUGCUGGUGGACCUGGACAACAUAGUACACAAGCUGCAGACGGCCCAGAGCGAGGCGAAGAUCCUAUCUCAGUACAGCCAGCUGGUGAAUGAGGCUAAGGCACAGUUCCAGAAGGAGUUGGAUAGCAUCACCCCCGAGAUCCAGUCUGGCUGGAAGGGCCUCAAGGUGUCUGACAUAGCAGGUAGGCUGACCGCUGAUGACCUGAACUCGCUGAUCGCGCACGCACACCGUCGCAUCGACCAGCUGAACCGGGAGUUGGCAGAGCAGCGGGUCCGGGAGCAGAUCCACAUUGAGGCCGCGCUCGAGCAGCAGAAGCAGGAGGACAAGAAGGUGCUGGAGGCGGCUGUCACCACGGCGCUAGAGCACAGCCGCGAGGAGAUGCGCCUAGAGCAGCAGAGGAAGGUGGAGGAGGUGCGGGAGGUGAUGGAAGCAGAGAUGAGGACUCAGCUACGCAGACAGGCAGCAGCUCACACAGACCACCUGCGAGACGUCCUAAAGGUGCAGGAGCAGGAGCUGCGUGCAGAGGCUCAGGAGACUCUGACCAACAAGCUGAUGGAACAGGAGACGGAUUUCAGGCGGCUGGCCCAGGAGCAGCUGGAUGGUUUCACCCUGGACAUGAAUGCUGCCUACGCCCGGCUGAAAGGCAUGGAGGAGGCCAUUGACAGUCACAUAGUGGCUGAGGAGGAGGCGCGGAAGGCCCACCAGCUGUGGCUCACGGUGGAGGCACUCAACUACACUCUGCGGACAGCGGGCGCCGACGCCCCCACUGAGCCGCUGGAGACGGCGGUGCGCGCCGUGCGGGAGAGCUGUGCCGACAACGAGUUUGCCCAGGCGCUGGCUGUGGCGCUGCCUGAGGAGUCGCUGCGGCGUGGUGUGUACAGCGAGGCCUCACUCCGAGCCCGCUUCUCUGCCAUCCGCCGGCUGGCACGCCGCGUCGCCAUGAUCGACGAGACGCGCAACAGCCUGUACCAGUAUUUCUUGUCCUACCUGCAGGCUGUGUUGCUGUUUGAACCAGAGCAGGAGCCGCCGCCCACCAAGCUGUCCCCCAACAACCUCGACACUUUCAAACUGCUCUCUUACGCCACCUACUGCCUGGAGCACGGCGACCUGGAGCUGGCUGCCAAGUUUGUCAACCAGCUGCGCGGUGAGUCGCGGAGGGUGGUGCAGGACUGGCUGAAGGAGGCACGGCUUACACUGGAGACGCGGCAGGCAGUCAGCCUCCUGUCGGCUUAUGCCAACGCGGUCGGCCUGGGCACCACGCAUGCCCCCUAGACCCCCCCCGUCCCGUGGAGUCCCAUUCCAAUGGGAGAACCCUCAUCUUCAUAAACAGCAGAUUCAUGUCCUUUUGGGUUUAAAUUCUGAGUGUGGUAAAAUAAAUAUGUAAAAGAAAAAAAUGGAAUGUAGUAUGGUGCCAGUAGAGAUGUGUUCUCGGAACGAUGUCCCUCCGGCUGCAAGCCCCGCCCACUCCGCAGGAGGGAGCAUUUCAAGUUGUAAUAUAAUGUUCACAUAUACAGUACCUCACGUACAGGGAAGACAAGCCUCCAUGCUGCUAGCAAGCACCCUGCACUGAGUGGAAGUGUGUGUGUUUAGUGGACAUGAGGGCUCCCGGUACGUCAUUCAGUCAUCUCCCUCACUUAGAAAGCCAUUGCCCCUAACCCCUUCACUGUCUGAAGUUCACUGUGUUCAUUUUGACACAGAAUUUUGGAGUGCUUUGUUCAGAUGGAUGUGUUCAGUUCCCCUGGUCGCUUAUUUUCCAGGGUUUGUUAAAUGUUAAUUAUUCAGUUUGACCUGCUGUUGAUUCAUUACCCCUCCCCGCACUGCUGCAUAUCAAUAAAUCAUGGAAAAUAUUA